AUGCCUCUGUGGUUGGAAUACAAGUAUGUGAUCCGAGACGGCCACGGCAACUGCAGGUGGGAGGAUUUCGGAGUCCGAUCACUACCGAUGUUUAGUUCGACCUCCCCCGCAUCUGCAACAAUGAAUCUGUUGCAGUUGUCGCACGGCGGAAAGCCAUUGAACCGGCUCCUGCCCUUCUGCAGGGGCAGACGCCUGAAGCCAGGGCUUGUACUUCGCAUUGACACGUUUGGAUCCUGGGCCGCGAAGACCGAGGCCACAUGGCACGCCACCAAUCGAUGGGGACCAGAUGUUGCUGGCAUGAGUGCCGCUUUGUGCGGCAGCAGCUUUCUUUUCGUUUCCGGAGCUGCAGUGCAUCGUGGGAGCAUCGAGAACUACGCCGCCAGGAUCUUCGCUGCACCUCGAAGGUCUCGGCUGCUGCUGGCAUUAGCACAAGUCCGGCAGAAGGUCUUCGACAGAAUGCCACCAGAACUCUGGCGUCUGGUCAUAGACUUCGUGGGGCUUCUCCUGAACAGUCAUGGCGAAGUCCUCGAUGUACCUGGGCCGUUGGAUUGUGGUGAUGGGCCUUACCUCUUUGAUGCGAGGCCAUGA